GCACAGUGACGCACGCGCGUCCGGGUAACUGUCAAACUUGCGGGCUUCGCUGCAGUCGACGGGACAGGCCCGGACCGAACGGCGAGCGACAAGGAGUUCACAGACUCGACAGAAAAAUAAAGGCUGUCACCAGAAAUGUCUUUUAUAUUUGAUUGGAUCUACAGGAGCUUCAGCAGCAUCUUGCAACUAUUAGGAUUGUACAAGAAGACGGGCAAAUUGAUUUUUCUUGGACUAGACAAUGCUGGAAAAACAACCCUCCUGCACAUGCUCAGGGAUGACAGGCUGGGACAGCACGUGCCGACGUUAUAUCCAACAUCCGAGGAGCUGACAAUUGCAGGAAUGACCUUCACAACAUUUGACCUUGGAGGUCACACACAGGCACGAAGGAUCUGGAAGAAUUACUUCCCAGCUAUUAACGGUAUCGUCUAUUUGGUCGAUUGUGCAGAUCAUGAGCGUCUGGCUGAGGCCAAAGUCGAACUGGAUGCUCUUUUAACAGAUGAAAGCAUCGCAAACAUCCCUGUUCUCAUCCUGGGGAAUAAGAUAGACCGCCCAGAGGCCAUCAGUGAAGAUGCGCUCAGGGGAAUGUUUGGUCUUCAUGGACAUACGACCGGAAAGGGUAAAGUGUCACUGAAGGAGCUAAAUUUGAGGCCGAUGGAGGUUUUCAUGUGCAGCGUGCUGAAGAGACAGGGAUAUGGAGACGGUUUCCGCUGGCUCUCCCAGUACAUUGACUGAACUGCGCUCCUGUAAAAGCCUUAAUCAGAUCUGCUGAUGCAGUCUGUGCACAAAGACAAGUUCCACACAAUACUACCUGCAGUAGAUUUAAUUAAAUUCAUGUGAUGUAAGACUUUGACUGCCAGUAAGAGCUAUGUUUCAAGUUUUGUUUUGUGGUAAUACGCAUAAUCUGUAAUGUAAUCUGUGUAUCACAACGAUCAUACACAAGACAUCAGUGAAGAUGAAAUACGAAUCGCCAGUCUGUAUUAUAAGGAUAGAGUGUGAAGAAUCAUCUUUAUGCUGUAGUUUGUACCUUAAAGCCCACAGGGAAUCUGGUCUGCUGUAUGGAACACGGCCUCACAGUGAACUAGUUUCUGACCCAGGUUUAUUUUUGGCUGCUGGUGUUGACUUACAGUGAAGGUCAAUUUAGUUAACAUUGGGAGCUGGGGGGAACUCCGUCUCAUGUAAGGACGGAAGAUUUUUGUUGGCACAGAUACAAAUUGUAUCUUAAAUUCUUUCAUAUUUUUCUUUUGAAGUACUACAAAUCCGAAAGCACAAUCCGAAAAGAUGUCUUUUAGAAUGUGCAGCACAAAUUGUCACCAUAUCAUUUAAUAAUGUUACUGCAAUCUGUUUGUCUCUUCUUUUUUUUUUUCCUUAAAACUACAGUUUACAGUUUAACACAUUUGUAUGAAAGUGACCAGCAGUGCAUUUAAUGAUUUUUGCCAUAAGGAGCUUUAUUCAAUAUACCGUGUCAAAUAAUUGUAGGAUAAAACAGCACAGCCUGCGGAUGUGACUAACUCUUCCGCUGAGAGGAGAUGACAGUAGCUGUGUUUAUAAUUAAUUGCUGUGAAAUGACUCGAGUACUUUGUGAUUAGUUGCUGCUGAAAACAUGCAGUAAUAUUAUGAGAGUACUUGGGUGGUGCUUGAAAAAAAAACAUUAUGCAAAAUAUAUGCAUGGAUUUAUCAUGCAAUAUCUUGUGGCAUUUUGUGUAUACAAAUCUAUUUAUAUUUUUGCAAUAAAAAUGGGCUUGCCCGAUGUUACAUGCAGGAGUUCAACAGGAAGUAAUGCAUCUGUUGCAAAAGGUAGGUCAUAUUCUUAUUGGACGUGAAGUGUGUUUAAGGAUGCUAAAUAUUUUUGACAAGACAUUGAAUUGUAUUUAAGUAUUAUUGAUUAUAUUAUUGUUUGAUG